AUAUAUCUGUUGUCAUAACUUUAAAAACAUUAACUUCUGUGGUGUUAUAUAUCUCUUGUCACAACUUUAAAAACAUAUUAACCUCUGUGGUGUUAUAUAUCUGUUGUCAUAACUUUAAAAACAUUAACCUCUGUGGUGUUAUAUAUCUGUUGUAAUAACUUUAAAAACAUUAACUUCUGUGGUGUUAUAUAUAUCUGUUGUUAUAACUUUAAAAAAAACAUUAACCUCUGUGGUGUUAUAUAUCUGUUGUAAUAACUUUAAAAACAUUAACUUCUGUGGUGUUAUAUAUAUCUGUUGUUAUAACUUUAAAAACACAUUACCCUCUGUGGUGUUACAUAUCUGUUGUUAUAACUUUAAAAAACACAUUAACCUUUUAUCAGUUGUACUUUAAGAACUGUUUUUUCAUGUAUUCGUGAAUUUCUUUAUUUGACCAAAACGUGAAUUUUGGUGAAGAAAACGUUUUGCAGAGGCCUAAUCUGUUCUUUGAUUCGCUACUUCCACUGUAGCAGACUAGUUUCGCUGAAAUCACAGCUAACGAUGCUACUUGGAAGAGCGAAGCAAAUAAGUAAAGUAGGCCUGACAUGUUUUGAUUUUCCCGUUAUGACCUUAAUCCCAACUAUUUUGGUGUCGGCCGGUAGUUUUAUAAGCCAAGAUUUCUUACAUCCAGGUGGCUGGCCCAGUUAACUACCAUCUCUUCUUUACCGGGAUCUGGGAGGGUCCUAACCACCCCCCCCCUCCAACUGGUGUUUUGUUGCACUGUUAAAUGUUGAACGUCAUGAGGGUGUUGUUACUACUUAAUUUCACUGUCAUGACUACAAUACCCCUACCAUGUCACUGUUAAAUGUUGAACGUCAUGAGGGUGUUGUUACUACUUAAUAGUGCAUUACAAACCACAAAAUAUGGUCAUUAUACACCAAAACCUAACACCCCUCUCUUCAGUUAACGAAUUUUAGGUUCUACAGUUUCCAUUGUAACAAAUAUUUCUCAGAAUGCUUCAUUACAUCGAAUACAGUGGUAGAUUUGAAGCUUUAAAGCUCCUUCGGUACAUAAGAAGUGUAGACUUAUACAACCAUAAUAUCUACUGACCCUCAUGGGCUUUCUCCCACUUACACAGGGGUGGAUAGGCCCACCGGGACCCCGAACAUUUGCAUGGUGGGCCUGUGCAUUUGACGAAUUCUUAGAAAUUGAUUUUCAAUUUCAAUUGUUCAGCCAGUAUGCAGCAUGUGAUGCUACCUUGGCUGGUCCUUUAAUACCAAUCCCAGCAACAUGUGAUGCUACCCUGGCUGGUCCUUUAAUGCCAAUCCCAGCAACAUGUGAUGCUACCCUGGCUGGUCCUUUAAUACCAAUCCCAAUAGCAUGUGAUACUACCCUGGCUGGUCCUUUAAUACCAAUCCCAGCAGCAUGUGAUACUACCCUGGCUGGUCCUUUAAUACCAAUCCCAGCAACAUGUGAUGCUACCCUGGCUGGUCCUUUAAUACCAAUCCCAGCAACAUGUGAUAAUACCCUGGCUGAUCCUUUAAUACCAAUCCCAGCAACAUGUGAUACUACCCUGGCUGGUCCUUUAAUGCCAAUCCCAGCAGCAUGUGAUACUACCUUGGCUGGUCCUGUAAUACCAAUCCCAACAGCAUGUAAUACUAUCCUGACUGGUCCUUUAAUACCAAUCCCAGCAGCAUGUGAUACUAUCCUGGCUGGUUCUUUAAUACCAACCCUAAAAUCGACAUGGAAAACACCAUCUUCCCAGACCACUGUAUAGAGGGCUCUAGUCGUUACUUAAAAUUUUCAAUAACGACAAGUUAGUGUUUACACAUAGUUACUCAUAUCCCAGUGACACAAUGGUAAUAAUGUAUAGAGGGCGCUAGUCAUUACUGAACGUUUUCAAUUUGAACAAAUAGAACUGGACAGUCAGUAUAUCAUUGCUCUAGUUUUAUAGUGUUGUUUGAACAAACAAAACUGUACAGUUACUCCUUUAGUUUUGUAGUGUUAUUUAAACAAACAAAACUGUACAGUCUGUACAUCACUCCUCUAGUUUUGUAGUGUUAUUUAAACAAACAAAACUGUACAGUCUGUACAUCACUCCUCUAGUUUUGUAGUGUUAUUUAAACAAACAAAACUGUACAGUCU